AUAUUAAAACAAAAAACAAAACUCUCUUUCUCUCUCGUAUAAUAUAUAUUCUAAAAAUACUGAACCAAACUUUAAUCUUUGUCAAGGUGUGUGAGAGAACUCACAUUUCUCAGAACCAAACCCAAACCCAAACCAACCAACAAACAAAACAAAAGCAAUGCCUUCUUCACUCCAACUCCACAGAAUCAACCCCAGAAACCCCACCGUCAUGGCCGGUGGAUGUCACAAGCAAUCCCACAUCGUCCCCGCCGCAAAGUAUUUCCCGGUUCCGGAAUCAGUGGCUGACCACCACGCCCACUCGGUCGGACCCAACCAGUGCUGCUCGAGUGUGGUUCAGGCGAUCGAUGCGCCGGUCGAAACAGUCUGGUCCGUUGUUAGACGAUUCGAUAACCCUCAGGCUUACAAGCACUUUCUGAAGAGCUGCCACGUCAUCGACGGUGACGGCAACGUGGGCACACUCCGCGAGGUCCUCGUGAUUUCGGGUCUUCCGGCCGGGUCGAGCAGGGAGCGGCUGGAGAUACUGGACGACGAGCGCCACGUGUUGAGCUUCAGCGUCGUCGGAGGGGAUCACCGACUCAAUAACUACCGAUCCGUCACCACGCUUCAUCCUUCGGCCAAUGGGAGCGGGACAGUUGUCGUCGAAUCGUACGUCGUUGACGUACCGCAAGGUAACACUAAGGAGGAAACCUGCGUUUUUGUCGACACCAUCGUACGUUGUAAUCUUCAGUCGCUCGCUCAGAUGGCCGAAAAUAUGGCCAACCCAAAAUGUCAUAACGACCUUUCGUAAUACAUAAAUAUAAAUAUAUAAAAUAUAAAUGUCAUUCUUUUUUUUUUCUUUUGAAAUUUCCAUGUUACGGGUUGUUUUCGUCUGUAUUACAGAUUAUUAUCAUGAUGAUGAUGCAUAUCAUGAUCAUCACCCGGUUUGGAAAUUUGUAGAGUUUUGUUAACUAGGUUAUUUCUGAUGAUCUUUAAUUUCUCAUGGGGUAAAAAUGGUUGGAGGUGAUGGGAGUAUAAUUUUGUGUAUAUGUUUAAUUAUAACUUGUUAUACUUUAUUACGAUCAAAACCCGUUCUAUAAAUAUAGAUCAUUUAUAUUGUUAUUAA